UCUCAUUUUUUGCUUCUUAGUUCGAUCAUUUUUUAUCCAAACAUGUCUGACUUAUAUAAUAAAUGAAUGUCUCUAAACUAUACUAAACAAGUUAUGUAAAUCUGUGAGAGUUUUUCACAUGCAUUAUGUGAAAUAUUGUAUAUAUCUGUUUCAGGCGGUGCUUUCCCACCCGAAUUCGCCGCCCCUAUCUCAAAUCUAACAGUGGCGUUAGGAAGGGACGCAACUUUUACGUGUCUGGUCAAACAUUUGGGAGGUUACAGGGUUGGCUGGCUAAAAGUGGAUAGUAAGGCAAUUCAGGCAAUCCACGAUCACGUAAUAACUCACAACAACAGAGUCUCGGUAUCUCAUAGUGAUCAUACCAUGUGGAAUCUUCAUAUAAAGAAUAUACAACAAGAAGACGAAGGACUCUAUAUGUGCCAGAUUAAUACGGAUCCAAUGAAAAGUCAAACAGGAAUGUUAUCAAUCGUCGUGCCACCAGACUUUAUUUCUGAGGAUACUUCGAGUGAUGUCAUGGUUCGAGAAGGAGGACAGGUGAAGUUAACGUGCCGUGCAAGAGGCGUGCCCCCACCCCGCUUAUCAUGGAAAAGAGAAGACGGGAAGAACAUUGUAAUUCGGAAGCCAUUUGCAGGAAGCUCCUUGAACCAGAAGUCUCAUGUGUCCGCAGUGAGCGAAUAUCAAGGCGAAGAGUUGAAACUGACAAAGAUUUCAAGAAAUGAAAUGGGAGUUUAUCUCUGUAUCGCGAGCAACGGUGUGCCACCAGCGGUCAGCAAACGUAUUUUUAUCAACGUUCAUUUCUCGCCGGUAAUUCAUGUGCCUAAUCAACUGGUAGGUGCUCCUCUGAGUACAGAUGUGGUCUUGGAAUGUUUUGUCGAGGCUUCGCCUAAGUCGAUUAAUUAUUGGGUCAAGGAUAACGCGAUGAUAAUAUCGAGUCAACAACACGACGUGCAAGCAAUCAUGAAAUCACAGUUCGAGGUUCGAAUGAUAUUAACUAUUCGCAAUUUGCAAAAAACUGACGUAGGUAAUUAUAAGUGUGUGGCCAAAAAUUCUCUUGGUGAUGUUGAGAGCAGUAUUCGAUUGUAUGAGAUCUCGGGCCCAGCAAAAACGCAAACAGCAGCACGACCACCCUACGACGAGGAGGAUGAGACCGUAUAUGGUUCAGCAGAAAUGGAGAAAAUGGAGAACAAACCUCUAUCUGUUGACAGUACGAUAAAUGGACACCAUGUUGGAUAUCCAUCGGUCGCCACACCAGUGCCAACUGUAAGAAUGGGUAAGAAGAGGCCAGCAAUCGCGAAUUCCAAAGCAGAACAUCAUCUAGUUUCUAAUAUUCUCAUUGUUUUUGCGCUGAUUGUUCAUCAAAGAUGUCAAUGAAUGGACGGAUAAAGAUUUGGUUAAUCUGUUAUAUAUUAUAUAUAUACUGAAAAUCUUCUAAUAGUGUAAGAAAAAAAAUCGACGUAUGGUGCGCUUUGUUCAAUUAAUCUGGCGCAGAUGAAGCGAUUUCCCUGAUUGAAUUAUUUUUACAUCGUGAUUUUAUCUGUAGAAAAUGUUUUUGAAAAAAAUGUUGAAUUAAAGAUUCA